AAACAAAACAGCGACAGACAAAAUGGUGCACAACUCCUUGAACCCCCUCACAGAGACCAUGCCCAUGACCAUGUCUACAUCACCCUCCCAAUGUCCAUUCAGGGAGUACGAGAAGAUCAUCUCGAAGAACCCCAUCCUAACGCCCACCGGCUGCACGGAACAAUUCUGUCAAGCGGGCCGCAUGAACCACACCGACGAGCCGAAAAUCGGCGAGAACCGACCCCUCGAGACGGUGCGGGACGAGGCGUCGGGGUUCCUGUGGCAGCUGUGGCAGGACGGUAUCUACACGGAGCACGAAUACAAUGAGCGACGGACACAGGUGAUGGACGAGAUCGAGCGAUCGGCCAAGGAGAAGAUCGUCUGGAGCCGGGAGGUCAAGAGAGUCAGCAAGACGUCGACGUGGACGCAGACCCCCGAGGAACUCCGGUAUGGGCUGCGGCUGGCGUGGAGGAAUUCCCGGAAGUGCAUCAUGCGAUCGCGCUAUCAGGAGCUGGAGUUGUGUGAUCUGAGGCGUGUGAAUACGAGCGUUGGCAUGGCUACGGCGAUUCUGGAGGAGGUGACCAAGUCGUUCAAUAAUGGUCAAAUAACGCCCACGGUGUUCGUCUUCCCCCCGAAAUCUGUGGAUGGCAAUGGGCCCAUGUUUUGGAAUAAGCAAGUGCUGAAUUUUGCUGCCUAUGAACUGGACAAUGGCUCAGUACUGGGCGAUCCAAGUAAUGUCCAAUUGACCAAAGACAUCAUCGACCUGGGCUGGACGCCACCAACCCCCAAGGGUCGAUGGGAUCUACUCCCGAUUGUUGCGAUGGCAGAAAACGACGCACCGGCUUUGGUAGAGAUACCCGACAAUCUGCGUCGAUUAAUCGACAUCGAACAUCCGGACUACCCCGGCAUUGGGAAACUGGAUCUGAAGUGGUACCAGUUUCCGGCCUUGAGUAGGCUGGGAUUUGAUAUCGGAGGUGUUCAGUACACGGCUGCGCCCUUUCUCGGAUGGUACAUGGAUGCAGAGAUCGGGGUGCGGAACCUCGCGGAUACGUUUCGCUUCGACUCGCUGCCAGACGUGGCCAAGGCUGUUGGUUUCAGCAUCGAUUCAUAUCGUCAAAGACAGGAAUACUCGGAAAUCAGAGAAAUGGGGGAUCUGCCCGACUAUGAACAGCUGCGGUGGCUGAGCCGGGCCCAGGCAGAACUUAACUACGCAGUGCGGUGGUCCUUCCUCAAGAAGGGCGUCACUUGUGUAGGCACUCUCGCGGCCUCGUCCGACUGGUGUCAGUAUGAUGAUGAUCAUGCCGAGAAGAACGGCUACCGCCUCAAUUCCGACCCAUACUGGCUGUCGCCUCCCCAGGGCUCAAUCGUGCCUGUGUGGCACCGAGGUGGCGCACCAAACUACCAGCCCAAACCGAUGAUAUGUCGGAAUCGCUAUGACCCUGUCAAGUCCUGGCAGCGUCAGAAGAGCGCCACUGAGGCAUACCCCGUUCGCCUUGUGAGAAAGGAGGGAAGCUGGGUCACCGAGGUCUUGAGCCCCUUCACAUCCAACCCGUCAGAGCGAAAUGGCAGUACGGCCACAGAAGCCGUGUCGGAAGCGAAACUCAACACCGUGCGCAUCUGCUACUGCAGCAAAGGCACAACUGCCCGCAUCCUCGCCGAUAAACUGCACAACAGCGUGAAGAAAUGCGCCAAAACAUUCCGUGUCGCGUUCAGCUCCCUGAAUGCCCUGGACCUUCACAAAGUCGAUCCAUCAGAUGUCAUCCUCGUGGUCGCGUCCACAACGGGCAGUGGCACGUUCCCCACCAACGGAGACGAGUUUGCGAAAUCGACGCGCCACCUGCUCAAGACACUUACCACCGACUUCUCGCAGCUCCGCGUGUCGGUCUUCGGCGUAGGCGACAGCGCCUAUCCGAAUUUCAACGCUGCCGCGAUCGACGUGUACAAUUUCUUCAGCAAACUGGGCGUCUCCCCCAUCGCGGGAGGUCUAGUCAAGGCCGAUGUGGCAUCCGAGGCACUGCCAUUACGGCUGUUCCAUCGGUGGUUGGACGUGGUCGAGUCUUCCCUGACGGGGGGUAUCGAUGAGUUGACCGAGAACCCCGAGGACGAGUUGAUCGCGCAGGGCGAGAUGCUCCGCAAAUUCAACAGCGCCACACUUGUAUCCAAGUCGUCGCCCUCCGGGGAGGAAGACGGGCUCAUCCUCAUGGCCCUCGACGGUAUCGAACACGCAGAGAUGACACACCUGCGACUCCUACCCACCAAUUCUCCAUCGCAGGUAUCCCGGGCGCUCGCCGCCCUGGGAAUCGACAAUCCGCACCAACAAAUGCCUUUCUCCGACAGGAAACUGCAACAAUGGACUUACCAAGACUUCUUCCUCUACCUUGUGGACCUGGAAGACCGCUUUAAGACCCAAAGCUGGACCACCCAGCCGCGGAAAUACAACGAACCCGUCCUUGAAACCCUCGAGCGACUCAUCAAUCCAUCCCAACUCACCGAUCCCCUCCGCCUCUCAAUCUGCCUCGAUAUCCCUCUCCUCCGACCCCGCGCCUUCUCUGUCGCAUCCUCCACCCACUACCUCGGCGACAAGAAAGUCGAGCUGUUGAUCAAACCCCACCGCCAGGGCCGAUUCAGCGAGACAUACCUAUCCACCCUCUCCCCCGACGCACUCGUCAAGUAUUGUCUGGUUCCCACCUCCCCGGCCUCGGACCUCCCCGUCGUACAGAAACCUCUCAUCGCCAUCACCACCGGGUCUGGUUUCGCCCCUGUCCGCAGUCUCCUCCAGCAGCGCAUCCAUAUCGCCCAAGCGUCCGAAGGACGAAACACAUGUCCGUUCCGACCCAGCCCCAUCAGCUUAUUUGCCGGGUUCCGGCGCGUCGACGAGGACAUCAUCCGCUCGACGGCGUCUCUGGCGGAGGAACAUGGCGUGGUGGAUCUGUCGUGCCUCGUGCCGAGUAACAGGGAGAAAAAGAGAGUUCAGGAUUUCCUCUGGGACAGGCGGGAUGAGGUUCGGGCGAAGUUGGUGGACCAGGGGGGUUACGUGUAUGUUUGUGGAAGUGCGGUGAUGGUGGAGGGUGUUCGGGGGAAACUCGGUGAGAUGUUGGGUGCGGAUGUAGCGCUCAGUCUGGGGGAUCGGUACGUGGAGGAGGUUUUCUGAUGUCUGUCUGGUAGAUGUCAGAUUGAGUUUGGGGGUGUUAAGCUUAGAGAAACCGUGUUUCUGGUAUGACUAUGUAAAUGUGAAUGUGAAUGUGAAUAUGAAUACGAU